GGACGCCAUUUUUCUCUGCGCCUAUGUACGGAGUCUGGAGCCGCUGAGGGCGCCGGCCAGGGCCGCUUUCCAGGGCCCUAAUCAGGACCGAGGAGGGGAGGAGAGUAGGAAUCCCCGCUGCACCUUUGUACGAGGUUGACGGAGCCUCAACGGGCUUGUUCCUGGGUCGCCGUCAAGCCGCGGUCUCUCCUCCCCCGCCCUUCAGCCCUGCGGUCGCCAGGGGCUGCCCGCUGGGUCUGGAUCGCCGUUACCAUCGAGGAGGCGGCGCCCUGGGUCUGGAACGCCGUUGCCACUGAAGAGGCGGCGGCCCCGAGCGCGGCGAGUAGCCGCGUGCAACUGGCCAGGACCGGGCACAGGUGGGGUCCGCUAAGCCGCCGGAGGCUGCUCUGUCCCAGCUCUGCGGCCCAGGGAGUGACGUGAUGGCGGCAGCGGUGCUGACGGACCGGGCUCAGGUUUCUGUGACCUUUGAUGACGUGGCUGUGACUUUCACCAAGGAGGAGUGGGGGCAACUGGACCUAGCUCAGCGGACCCUGUAUCAGGAGGUGAUGCUGGAAAACUGUGGACUCCUGGUGUCUCUGGGGUGUCCUGUUCCCAGACCUGAGCUGAUCUACCACCUAGAGCAUGGGCAGGAGCCAUGGACCAGGAAGGAAGACCUCUCCCAAGGCACCCAUCCAGGUGACAAAGGAAAGCCUAAGACCACAGAACCUACUACUUGUGAUCCAGCUUUGUCAGAGGGAAUCUCACUUCAGGGACAACUGACAAAAGGAAAUUCAGUGGCCUCCCAGUUGGGGCAAGCCAAGGAUCAGGAUGGGCUAUCAGAAAUGCAGGAAGGACACUUAAUACCAGGAAUAGAUCCCCAGGAGAAACUUCCUGGGAAAAUGAGCUCUGAAUGUGAUGGUUUAGGGACAGCUGAUGGUGUGUGUUCAAGGAUUGGACAGGAGCAAGUCUCUCCAGCAGAUACAGUCCAUAGCCAUAACUCAUGUGAAUCAGGUAAAGAUCCCAUGAAUCAGGAAGAGGAAAAUAUCUUUAAAUGCAGUGAAUGUGGAAAAGUAUUUAACAAGAAACACCUCCUUGCUGGACAUGAGAAAAUUCACUCUGGAGUGAAGCCCUAUGAAUGCACAGAAUGUGGGAAAACCUUUAUUAAGAGCACACAUCUCCUGCAACAUCACAUGAUCCACACUGGGGAGAGGCCCUAUGAGUGUAUGGAGUGUGGAAAGGCCUUUAACCGGAAGUCAUACCUUACUCAGCACCAGCGGAUUCACAGUGGAGAGAAGCCUUACAAGUGCAAUGAAUGUGGAAAGGCCUUCACCCACCGAUCCAAUUUUGUCUUGCAUAACAGGAGACACACUGGAGAAAAAUCCUUUGUGUGCACAGAAUGUGGGCAAGUCUUUCGACAUAGGCCAGGUUUUCUUCGGCACUAUGUUGUCCACAGUAGUGAGAAUCCCUAUGAGUGCUUGGAGUGUGGCAAGGUCUUCAAACACAGGUCAUACCUUAUGUGGCACCAGCAGACUCAUACUGGGGAGAAGCCCUAUGAGUGCAGUGAAUGUGGGAAGGUCUUCUUGGAGAGCGCAGCCCUCAUUCACCACUAUGUCAUCCACACUGGGGAGAAGCCCUUUGAGUGCCUCGAGUGUGGGAAAGCUUUCAACCACCGAUCAUACCUCAAGAGGCACCAGCGGAUUCAUACUGGGGAGAAGCCUUUCGUGUGCAGUGAAUGUGGAAAGGCCUUCACCCACUGCUCUACUUUUAUCUUGCAUAAAAGGGCCCACACUGGAGAAAAACCUUUUGAGUGCAAAGAAUGUGGAAAAGCCUUUAGCAAUCGGAAGGACCUCAUCCGACAUUUCAGCAUCCACACUGGAGAGAAGCCCUAUGAGUGCGUGGAGUGUGGAAAGGCUUUUACUCGCAUGUCAGGCCUCACGAGGCACAAGCGGAUUCAUAGUGGAGAGAAGCCUUAUGAAUGUGUUGAGUGUGGGAAAUCUUUUUGCUGGAGCACAAACCUCAUUCGACAUGCAAUUAUCCAUACUGGAGAGAAGCCCUAUAAGUGCAGUGAAUGUGGAAAGGCCUUCAGUCGCAGCUCAUCCCUCACUCAGCAUCAAAGGAUGCAUACUGGGAAAAAUCCUGUCAGUGUAACAGAUGUGGGAAGACCUUUCACAAGUGGACAAACCUCAGUUACCCUUCGAGAACUUCUUUUAGGGAAGGACUUUUUGAAUGUAAACACUGAGGCAAAUAUUUUGCCAGAGGAAACAUCUUCCUCUACAUCUGAUCAACCAUACCAAAGAGAAACCCCACAAGUGUCUUCACUGUGAGAAAACAUUCUGUUGCUGAACAUUACAUGUCAUCUGAAGAGUCAUGUUAGAAAUUCAUUCCGUCUACAGCCUUAUUCUCCAUCUGAUAAUUUAUCCUGGAGAGAGACCUGGUGGUUAUUGUGCACAUAGGAAAACCUUCAGCUGCAUCUUUCUCCUUAGUUUACAGUGCAAUGUUAUCUCAGGAAUUAUUUUUAAAAGGAGGAGGAAACAGAAAAAAAUGAAAUGCAAGCACACAUCUUUUCAGACUUCUCUGCCAAGCCUGCAGCGCUUUGUCAUAGAUUCCUUAGUAUAUUUGGGGGAAGGGAAAUGUUUCAAGGUAAAGGGCCUUGACCCUUUU